AAUUGUUCCUCGCCUUUAUAGUUUUGUGGUCGAUUUCUGUUUUCCCACUUCUCUAUAAAAGAUUAGGCCAUAUAUUAUCACACGUAAAAUAGAGUAUUAUGCUUGAAAUACAAUAUUGAGAUACCUAUUAAAAUCACAUACAUCACAUCAUACUGUCAGAGCAGAAGCAAGCAGCCGUUAAAGCGCCGGGUGACAUAUAAAAAAAAAUAUAUAACUGAACGAAAUUUACAUAUUCGUGAUAGUAUGUGUAUCCAUAGUCCAUUCUGUUUGCUUUCUCUUGCAAAAGGUUUUCCGUUAACAAUGUUUUCCCCAACAAAUUCUGCUUUUGAUAAGCUCCCUCCGGGGACGCUUGAUAACUUGUUGAAGAACACUACUGAAUUGAAGACAAUUCUCUCAAAUCAUUUCGUUGCUGGAGAUUUCUACGCCAUCGGACUUCAAGAUGGCUACAGGAUUCGCACCAUUGCCGGUGAUUUCAUAAAUGUGGCGAUUGAUGGAGGUGUCAUUAAAGUGAACAACGCCACGGUAACGUUUGCAGAUAUAUCGGUAACUAACGGUGUUAUGCACGCAAUAGACACGGUAUUGUUUCUGCCAUAGUAAGCUGUAAACAAUGAACCCCGACGGACUUUACACAAGGAAAAGCUUCCAUAAACUCGCUACAUGAUAUCGCCAACCGCUUUUGUAACACUGAUUGGUCAGAAAGUUCCCAAUUGCGUUAAGAACGGCAUACGCAAUGUAAACGAUCAUUGCAGUGAAAACACUGUCGCGGUAGUGUAAGGAUUUUAUGGAAACAUGGAUAACGCUCUGUCCACACUAUACAAUUUUCUUUGACAAAAAACUGAUGUACGCCCAUAUAUAGUCAUAAUAUGCCUGUAUAUGGUCAUGAUGAGAUAUCAUCAUGACC